CUAACCUUUAUUAUUUGUGAGAUAUUUUGUGACGAGAUAAUUUAAUAUUUAUUAUUCAUAUUAUUUGGAUAACGCCCGCUUCAUUAGUUUUUUGGGGUGCAUCACCAAAAAGGGUGUCUAAGAAGCAUCAAACCAUGUCGGACCAAAGAGGACAAGAAUGGAUCAAGCUGAACGUUGGAGGGACCCAGUUCAUGACGACUCGCACGACUUUGUGUCAGGACGAGAAGUCGUUUCUCUACCGACUCUGCCAGAGCAACAUGGAGCUGACAACUGCUAAGGACGAGCACGGGGCCUACCUGAUCGACCGAGACCCGCAGUACUUUGGGCCCGUGCUCAACUAUCUGCGCCACGGUAAGCUGGUGCUGGAUAAGAACAUGGCUGAGGAGGGUGUACUGGAGGAAGCAGAGUUCUACAACAUCACCGGGCUCAUCCACCUAGUCAAGGACCGCAUCACAAGGAGAGACUCCGGUGUCAGCGGUUCACGGAAACACGUAUACCGAGUGAUGCAGUUCCAUGAGGAUGAGCUAACAUCGCUAAUGUCAUCGAUGAGCGACGGAUGGAAAUUUGAACAGCUGAUCAACGUGGGCAGCCAGUACAACUACGGUAACAACGACCAGUCCGAGUUUCUGUGCGUGGUCUCACGCGAGUGCGCCACCUGCGACAACCACAGCAACGGCCACGAGCCCUCAGACAAGGCCAAGAUGCUGCUUCAGAAGGCCAGUCGAAUGUGAUUGGUCAGGUGCCUUAUGACGUCACAAGUUCGGUCGCAUGACGUCACAAACACCUGGGACCGAGCCGCCCGGCCGGCGCCACGGCUUUGGUGUGACGUCACUCAAUAACACAGGACCACGCUGUGAGGUAUGACGUCACCAAUAACAUAGAGCCACGCGUUGAAGUAUGACGUCACCAAUAACGCUGCAACACGGUGUAAGUUAUGACGUCACACUCUUCGGACCACACCGUGUAGCGUGGCACCGCGACGAACUAUUUCAAAGACGUGGCGCGCAUUUUCGAGGCUUCCAAGGGGGCGGACAUUUUGUUC